UUCAGGUCAUUGGGAUAGUUUGAGAAUAUCGCGCUACCUGCGUUUCCAGAAAGUGGCUACUUUUGCAUUCUCAUUCCGCUUGUUGUGUGUGUCCACAGUUGUAAGACUUUUCCUAGGCUUGGACGUAAGGCAGGUAAAUAGUAGGCCUACUACUUGAAUAUCGACUUACUAAUAGGGCAGAAAAACUUCAGUCGAGAACAAGCUCGAGAAUCGAGCAAAUCGGUGGAGAAAGACACUGUUCCGCGUGAUUGGGAAAGGUAUUUCAGAACCAAAAUGGCCAAACUAUUAUUUGAUAUCAUCUUAUUUCUGGCUACCCUUCGGUUCUCGUCUCAGGAAGAAGCUGUGAUUCCAGUACCGAUAGCAGAUGACGCCAUAAGACCGACUUCCGAACCCAAUCUGGCGCCGAUGCAAGUCACAAAUAAGUCCGACGUCGCGCCUAUGGUGAUGACGAAAUUUGUGAACGGAAUGACGUUAACAAUGGCGUCUAAUUUUAUUCUUGUUUAUAUGGAUUUGCCAACAACAGUAAUUUUUAAUUAUUCUCUGGAUUGUUCCAAAGCCAACAACGAUUAUGGCAUUCUCUUUUCACUGUCAAACUAUUACGUGGCAUCAAUUUCCAGCUCUCAGCCUGUAUUCAUCCGCGACGUCAAGUCCAACUGUCGGCAGCUGGGUGAAGCGUCAGGGGAGGUAAGCGUGACAUUGACAGGAAUUCUGUUGGGACGCGUGGAGCUGGAGAUUGACGUUUAUCCUGGAAUGACGCCUUCGCUCUACAACUCGAGUAGAGUGACCUACAAUGAAAAGACUACUGACGACAAGAGCUACCAGUAUUCGAAACAUUCACCCUCCCUGACUUACAUGUAUGACGGUUACAACCUGUCCAGAUGGGUGGUGCAAGGGUCAAAUUCAUCAUCUCCCGCCAAAUUAAUGAUCGUCUGCAUGAAGAAGCCGACAACACUGGACAGCGUACUGCAGAGCACCAUGAUGGUGUACUUGGUGUUAGUUAUGACAGCCAUGGGGUGUAAAACAAAACUGGAAGUGUUGAAGCAAGUAUUUAGGAGACCGGUGGCGCCGUGCAUCGGACUCUUCUGCCAAUUCAUCAUGAUGCCAAUGAUCGCCUAUGUUCUGACCCUUGUCAUUCCAUUCCCUACCCCCGGGAUGGCUCUGGGGUUCUUCGCCUGUGGCUGUGCCCCUGGGGGUGGGGGCAGUAACCUGUGGUCGUACCUGCUGGGAGGGGAUGUCUCUCUUUCCGCCGCGAUGACGACAAUCAGUAACAUCGCCGCUGUGGGAGUAUUUCCGUUGUGGAUAUUCACACUAGGUCGCGUGGUUUUGUCCGACCAAUCAGAUUUGAAAAUUCCAUAUCUGAACAUGAUUGUCUCCCUUCUGAUGGUGGCCAUUCCGCUGGCGAUCGGAGCGAUCCUGAACCACAAAAAACACGCGUUUACCAAGAAAAUGCUGCGAUAUCUCAUCCCGAUUGUGGUGGUUUUGACCAUUGUGUUCAUAGCCUUGGCCAUGUACGUCAAUUUUUACAUGUUCAGACUGAUAGAGCCGAUACUGAUAUUGGCCGGAGCGCUGUUGCCUUACAUAGGGUACGUCCUAGCCGGGCUCUUGGCUUUGGUCUUCAGACAAAGUCGAAAGUUCUGUAUUACCAUAGCCAUAGAGACAGGCAUCCAAAACGCGACCAUCGCCUUCAUCCUCGUCAUGUUCUCCUUCCCUCCUCCCGACAAUGUGAUAGCCGCCACUCCCGCCAUCGCCUCCUCCAGUAUGACAGGGAUUCCCCUGAUAAUCAUAGCAGCCAUAUAUCAUUCGUACUUACGCUGCUGCAAGAAAAAAAGGGAUGAAAAUUCGGACGACGAGAAAGAGAAAAAACACCAAGAGGUAAAGAAAGAAAUGGGUAAGUCCAGUGAGAAAGAGGCCAUGUUAGAAGAGAAAGUUUCCUCAGUGUAAAAUACCUAGAUAUCUGGAACAAAAGAAACAAGAACAACGUUCAUUCGUCACGUGACCGAAUGCUUUGACGAUGUGACGAGGCACUCCAUGUUGAUAAAAAAUCCCUGCAGUCAGCCAAUAUUUAAGAACGUUGAGGAGGUCAUGUAGGUGUAAAACUUUGAACUCGUUGUGCUAUAAGUCCAUUUGAUUUGCAUAAUAUACAAUAUGAGAAUAGCGCGCCUAUAAGCGCACUUAAAAGUCGGUCUAAGCGGUGUAAUCUUUUGUUCUUUUGUGUAGUACGUCACGUACUGCUUCUGUAUAGUUGUAUUUCAUGCACAAGCUCUGCAGCGUCACAGCACAAAACGAUGACGUGUUUCUACGCAGCCUGAAGCGCAAUUAUUUAGGCAGGAAAUGUCCACCAUUGGUUUGACAAUGAAAGGUGUUACGCACUUGGUAAUACUUGGCAUACUUUGCCCUGUAUUCACGUAUUGUACGAACUAUUUGUGUCAAUCUUGACUGAUGUUCAAUAUACCCAUAACCCAUAAAUAUGCGUUUAUUCUACAGACACCGCCUGAUCACGUUACAGGCGCAUUCACUGUGCUCUUUGACCAUUCAACAAAAUGCAAAAAUGAGACCAUUCUGUCGAUUUUAUUUUUGAAUGGUACAAAAUAUAUGACACAGACCUUGUUCUUCUUUCAUUCAACUUGUUGGUAUAGGACAAAUUAGCAUUAUGUGAACACAUUUGAGCCUUACCUUGAAUAGAAACCUGCAAAAUAUUCGUGAAAGUUAUCUGAAAUCCUUUGGCUGGCUUGUGUUUAUGUAUCUUUCGUCUUAGAAACAUAAUUUUAAUUGUAAUAAAAUCUGUACUGCGAAACGACGUGCUCAACAGUUGACGAGGCGUGUAAAACUGUUAAGUGUUAUGAUCAUGACUGGUGUCAUUUUUAAAAAUAGAAAUUAUUUUCUUAUGACAUUGAUGGAAGUGUAUAAUCCAUCAUCAGUAUUAUAUAGUAUUCUUUGAGAUCCUGAUUUCAUUUCGUUGUUUAUACUCUUCAUGUGAAUUGUCAAAGCAUCAUUGUACACAGUAUUUCCAUCGAGUAUCCGCGUAGAACGGUAACCCCAUACAGUAUUAAAAUAAUCAGUGAUUUGUUUUUUUCUGAAAGUCUGUGCAGAAUAUCCAUGCACUUUUGUUAUUUGUUAUAUGUUUAUAUAAGCACAAGUAUUAACUUACCUAAAUACUGAGCAUAUAUUCUCUAUAUGCCUACCCGAAUCCGAGAAACUAAAUGGAUUCCCUUAUAGAUGUGUAUGAAUUGUGUAUCAAAUGUGUAUUUGAUACAAUGUCCAUGCUAUUGUGUACCUGUGACAUGUAUUAUCGAUAGCCUUUUAUACAUCUGAUACAAUGUCCAUGCUAUUGUGUACCUGUGACAUGUAUUAUCGAUAGCCUUUUAUACAUCUGAUACAAUGUCCAUGCUAUUGUGUACCUGUGACAUGUAUUAUCGAUAGCCUUUUAUACAUCUGAUACAAUGUCCAUGUUAUUGUGUACCUGUGACAUGUAGUAUCGAUAACCGUAUAUACAUCUGAUACAAUAUCCAUGCUAUUGUGUACCUGUGACAUGUAUUAUCGACAACCGUAUAUACAUCCGAUACAAUGUCCAUGCUAUUGUGUACCUGUGACAUGUAUUAUCGAUAACCUUAUAUACAUCUGAUACAAUGUCCAUGUUAUUGUGUACCUGUGACAUGUAGUAUCGAUAACCGUAUAUACAUCUGAUACAAUAUCCAUGCUAUUGUGUACCUGUGACAUGUAUUAUCGACAACCGCAUAUACAUCCGAUACAAUGUCCAUGCUAUUGUGUACCAGUGACAUGUAUUAUCGAUAACCUUAUAUACAUCUGAUACAAUAUCCAUGCUAUUGUGUACCUGUGACAUGUAUUAUCGACAACCGUAUAUACAUCCGAUACAACGUCCAUGCUAUUGUGUACCUGUGACAUGUAGUAUCGAUAACCGUAUAUACAUCUGGUACAAUGUCCAUGCUACUGUGUACCUGUGACAUGUAUCAUCGAUAACCUUAUAUACAUCUGAUACAAUGUCCAUGUUAUUGUGUACCUGUGACAUGUAGUAUCGAUAACCGUAUAUACAUCUGAUACAAUAUCCAUGCUAUUGUGUACCUGUGACAUGUAUUAUCGACAACCGCAUAUACAUCCGAUACAAUGUCCAUGCUAUUGUGUACCAGUGACAUGUAUUAUCGAUAACCGUAUAUACAUCUGAUACAAUGUCCACGCUAUUGUGUACCUGUGACAUGUAUUAUCGAUAAUCUUAUAUGCAGCUGUGAUACAAUGUCCAUGCUAUUGUGUACUUGUGACAUGUAUUAUCGAUAACCCUAUAUACAGCUGUGAUACAAUGUCCAUGCUAUUGUGUACCUGUGACAUGUAUUAUCGAUAACCUUAUAUAAAUAUUAUCUCGAUAAUCUCAUGCAUCUUAGAA